CAAAGCCAAGCAGUUCGCCAAACCCAGAGAAACUGGUUCCCCACGUCCUCUACUUCGAUCCCAAACAAGUUCUCGUACUUACUACUACAAGCGACGUUUGUGUUUCUCCCAAGAGUUCCCAUAAUUACCGGCCGGCAUCACGGACAAAAUGAAGACAGCUACCGCAACCACCCCAGCCCUCCUCCUCGCUGCACUCCUCAUCGCCUCCCCGGCAGUAGCCUCAACAACCAGCAACGACGACGGGACGUUCUACAUUGUCCGCAAGCCGCUGCCUCAGUCCGACGUCUCGGCGGCGCGCCAGCUGGCCACGUCGCCGUACCCGGAGCUGAGCUUCGAGGAGGCCAUCGCCGCCAUCAAGGAGGCCACGGCUGCCACCGGGAGCCAAGAUGGUGCUGCCAAGACGACGACUGCUCUCGCGGUCAGGAACGAGGAGGACGCCCAAGUCGAAGGCAUAACGCAAAGGUUGAACGGCGGAGGUAAUCAGUGGGGCUGUGUCCAGCGCGGCCUCUAUUCUUACUGCGGUGGGCAGUCUGGGUGGUCUGCUGGGUCGAGGCUGGAUAUGCCUGGGUGGGUGGUGGUGUCUGCUGGGGCGGUUGGGUCGGCGAUUUUGGUGUGGUUGGCUUGAGGGCGUGGUAAGGCUUUCUGUAUGGGUGUAUGAGGAGCUAAAGCUUUUGUGCCCUGCUCAUGUUUCGCUUGGAAGCCUGCAUCUUGUGCGAUAAUAGGAGGUUGUAUCAUGUAUUCGUCCCCGGCUAGCUGAGCUGGCUAUUGUUCCUUCCCAGUCACAUGAUUAUUUCUUUUUGUCAGUCAAUACAAACA